AAGCAACAAAUGGCUGAAGAAAAUAUUACGGUCGUAACUGAGUUUAUUCUUUUGGGACUGACUGAGCGUGCUGAACUGAAAAUUGUGUUAUUUGUGCUGUUCCUGGUGAUUUAUAUCAUUACUAUGAUGGGGAAUCUGGGCAUGAUAUUCAUCAUCAAAAUCACUCCCAAGCUCCACACGCCUAUGUACUUUUUCCUCAGCUGCCUUUCCUUUGUCGAUGCCUGCUACUCAUCUUCAAUUGCACCCAAGAUGUUGAUCAACCUCCUUCUUGUGAAGGGAACCAUUUCCUUCUCUGCCUGCAUAGUACAACAUCUCUGUUUUGGGAUGUUUGUUACCACCGAAGGCAUCUUGCUGUCGGUGAUGGCCUAUGAUCGGUACGUGGCCAUCGUCAAUCCUUUGAUCUACACCGUCGCCAUGUCUAAGACAAAGUGUCUAGGGUUUGUCAUUGGCUCAUGGAUAUGUGGAACAGUUAACUCAUUAGUACACACAAUUAGCUUGGGCAGGUUAUCCUUCUGUAGGCUGAACGUUGUCAGUCAUUUCUUCUGCGACAUCCCCUCCCUCCUCAAACUGUCAUGUUCUGACACGUCCAUGAAUGAACUGUUGCUCUUGACGUUCUCUGGAGUUAUCGCCAUGGCCACUUUCUUAACUGUCAUCAUUUCCUAUAUGUUUAUUGUCUUUGCUAUCCUGAGGAUCCAUUCGGCAACAGGUAGGCAGAAAGCCUUUUCCACCUGUGCCUCUCACCUCACCGCAGUGACCAUAUUCUAUGGUACCCUGAGUUUUAGUUACAUUCAGCCAAGCUCUCAGUAUUCUGUAGAACAGGAGAAGGUAGUGGCUGUGUUCUAUACACUAGUGAUUCCCAUGUUAAACCCGUUGAUCUACAGUCUCAGAAACAAAGAGGUAAAGGAAGCUGCCAAAAAAAUAAGGGGAAUGAAAUGUUUCACCUGA